AUGGAUCCCAUCGAGUUCACAAUUGAGCGGCCGUCCUUGAACACGCGCCCCGUGGACUUUGGGCCGUCGGUUGUGUACCAGCCAAGCCAGCCCGAGCCCGUCCUCGACAUCGCUUUCAUCCAUGGCCUCCAGGGCCACCCUUUCAGAACAUGGGCGGCCGAGGCUCCGAAGAUCCACAGAGGCACUACAGCUCCUCCCGGUAGGAGCGGCGACGGAGAGACGUCCACAAUAGCCUCCGGCAGCGGUAACGCCACCACCAGAGCGAGAUCCAGGUUUGUGACGCGUGUUCUCAACCGGGCUAGGAAAGACACAGCCAGCAGCAGGAAAAAGGAGCCCGACGUCUUCUGGCCCAGAGACCUGCUUCCCCUGCAGUGCCCCGAGGCGCGGGUUCUGAUGCUUGGCUAUGACACCGCCGUCGCCAAGCACCAGUUCGCCGAGCCCGCCAACAAGAACAGCGUCUUCACCCACGGCAAGAACAUCGUCAACGACCUGUCUCGGUCACGCCCGGGGGUGAGACGGCGACCGGUCCUCUUCGUUGCGCACUCUCUUGGCGGCAUCGUGUUGAAGGAGAUGCUCGCCAUUUGCUCGACUUCCAACGACCCAGGCUUUCAGGACAUCCUGGAAAGCACGGUGGGUGUCGUGUUCUUGGGCACGCCGCACAGGGGAAGCUCAGCAGCCGGGAUAGGCGAGAUUGCGCGCAAAGCUACCAGUCUUCUCCUGAUGGACACGAAUCCCCUCAUCCUUGACAGCUUGUCCUUGAAGAACUCGGAUCUCGACCGCUGCCAGGAGACGUUUUCCUCGCUGUGGCACAAGCACGGUUUCAGUGUCAAGACUUUUCAGGAGGGCCUGGCCCUGAAGUUGCCGAUUCGGCUUGGCCAGUCCAAGAUGACCAAGGUCAUCCCAGACAUAUCUUCUUGCCUGGGUGAUUCCCGAGAACGGGCCGAAACGCUCGACGCCGACCAUAGGUGCAUGUGCCGCUUCGGCAGUGCGCUAGAUGCAAACUACCGGAAGGUUUCGGCUGAACUGCAAGCCGUUUAUACUAGGGUUCUGGACAGAGACGAUGAGAAGGCCACAACUGAGAAUGUUCCUGACGAGAACACCAUGACUAGGAAUUUUCGAGAGAUGCUGGUUCGGCACCACAUGAUAAGCACCCCUGCGCAAGAUACCUGCGAGUGGCUGCCCACCACUACCGCCUUCCGAGAAUGGACGGAGCGCAACAAUAUCGACAAGCACUUUAGGCUACUCCAGGUCACCGAGAAGCCAGGAACCGGCAAGUCGACCCUGAUGAAGAGGAUGUUUAAAAGCCUGGGCCUCUCACAUCGCACCUACAGCGCCGGCGAGUGCGUAGUGGCCCGGUUUUUCUUCAACGGCAAGGGCAUCGAGCUGGAGCGCACUGCCGUAGGCCUCUUCCGCGCCUUGCUCUACCAAAUAGGCACCGCGCAUCCAGCUUGUCUGGACUGGCUCAAGACAUAUUCCAAGGUCGACUUGGAGACGCUAGAAGCGGUGAACCCCGCCGCCUAUCUCCACAAGCUCGAGGCUGUUGUCGAGGCGUCGGCCGUGGGAUACUUCUUUGGAAACAUCACCCGGUCUGCCUACGCGGCCGGGUUAAACCUCAGCGUCUGCAUCUCCAGGCGAGAAUAUCCCCCCAUCACGCUCAAGAACUGCCUCCACAUCCCCAUGAAGCGAUUUAACUCCCAGGACAUCCGGCAGUACAUCGAGCACAAGCUUAGCACGGUGAACAUCCACAGCGACGACGUGGGGAUCUUGCGGGAACGCAUCGCGCAGCGGUUGAACGGCAUAUUCCUCUGGGUUGUGCUCGCCGUCGACGGGGUGCUCAAGGACGUCGAGAACGGAAAGAAUGCCAAACACAUCCUCAAGCGGAUCAAGGCCCUCCCGAAAGCACUCGAAAAUCUCUUCACCACGCUCAUCAAGGAGAUGGAUCCCGAGGACCGCAGCACGACGCUGCAUCUCUUCAUGUGCCCAUUCUGGCAAGAGGCCGCCUUCGGCUCCGAGAGUGGCACCACAUUCUCACCUUCAUCCGCGACGGCACGCCGCCGGCAUCUCUGA